UUGACUAGCGACGCACAAUGAGCCAUUGUCAAUAUAAUCCGGGCCACGCUCUCGUGGGCAAAUUCACAAACGAAUCAAUUAAGAUGUAAAAAGUUCUACUGUGCCUAAAAUGCUGGAGUUAUUUUCUGAAAAUAUUGUUUCGCGUGCUGUUUCAGAGGGGCGGAACUAAGAUAAUAUAUAUAUCGAAGCAUUGUGGCGUGACCUUCGGAAGAGUCAACGAAUCUGCAGGUAAGGUGAUUUCUUGCAAUUUUGCCAACUUCAUUUUUUUCCCACAAAGAUGGCGGUCCUCCGCCACAACUCUGCAGUCGCGCUUCUGGCACUGUGCGGGCUGAUGGUGAGCUUGUAUUGCGUUCAUGUCCAACAACACUUGGAGAGACAUCUCGCUUACAAGCCCUAUUGCGACAUCGCGCCCAGCAUGAUGUGUUCGAAGGUCGCUCUGAGUCCCUAUAGCCAUAUGCUUUCGUUGUUCGGACUCGCAGAGCCGCACGGACGUAUGGAUGUUGCCAACGGCCACCUUGGGGUCGCCUUCUACGCCUUCAUGCUGACGUACCCUUUCGGAAAACAGGCAUUCGAAAAUAUUUAUUUUCUUGGAACAACAACCGCUCUGGUUGUCUCAGGGUACCUUUGCUACUUGGUGUACUCGGCUCUUUCAGUCGUUUCUAUAAUUUCGGCGAGUAUUGUGAUAGUCAACGCCCUACUGUUCAUUACUAUUUUUCGACAAACAGGGGCAGAUACAGCCACCGCAGAGGAGAUUUCUGAUAGACUUGAUCGAGGAACACGUCAACACGAGAGGCCAGAAACUCAACGACGGGAAGAAAAGAAAGUAAAGUAAUUCAUCCUCUAAACCGAGCCAACCUCCAGGUGUAUCGCGUGCACUGCGACAGUAGUUUCACCAUGAAUGACACGCCUCAACAGGAAUGGUGCAACAAGUAGGUGUUUCGCACCCUGCAGCCUUCCAAAUGUCGUGCCGUACGGAACACGUUUGAAUUACAUAAUUGUGUCAUGCGUCUGCAAACGCUAAAACGACGUUUUGCGAACUUGUAUUUGGCCCUGAUCUGCCCGUCCUCAACGUUGCCGGGUAUCUGAGGCGACGUCCGCGCUAAAGCAGACUCCAAGACUACACGCUUCAGUCCAGUGGCGCUACCAGAUUCCUCGUGUCAUGUUGUGGGAAUUUUUCUCUACGGGGUCGCCUCCAGCUGAUGCAAGCUUUGCUUCAACGCCGUGCCUUGUUCUCUUUUGGAUUUCCUGUUGCUUACUCGUAAUCUCACGCUGCUGUGAGGGACAUAACCGCUUUGGCAAUCAACCACUUGGAGCACAUGGAAGGACUCUUGAUGUUGGCAUUUUACCACAAUAAACACCUUGAACGCCACCUCUCAGCACUAGUGUGCACGCAUUCAUCGACACUAUUCAAAAAGCCUUCAUUCUGUUGCGCAUAAAAACUCCUUUCGCUGACAGAUCCAAACGUCGACACAUCUCUGCACUAUCGCUAACAGCGACGCAAGAAGGUAUGGUUUCCUCUCACGAAAGUACUCUAGUUCAAGUGGAGCAGGCGCCCACAAAUCAACACCUGGUAUCGUCUGCCCGAUUCGCUUGUUCCACAAGAUGGGGGUAGACUCGGCUCCUGUGCAGUGUGAAAACACAGACCACCCGUUGACUAGGUGAUCGAACAUAUUCGACGUUUCCGAAUUUCCACCCAACGGAAGGGGCUCAGUGAACGAAACAAGGCGCCAUCAUCUAUAGAGGAACAAUCAAUACAGAUUUGCUAACGAGUUUCGGCGUACAGCUACACGACAAUUGGUAUUGGAAAUUCUUCGUUGUAAAGGCUUGAGAAGCGCAAGAUCACGGAGCAUAAGAAUCGAUGCCGGCGCAACAUAGACCAAAUACCGGUUCACGCUUCCCCUAGUUCCGAUAUCAAGGAGGUAGUUUGUGUCCUUAACCGACAUCCGACGCCCUGUGUAAUACUUGCGGGCGUCGGCAGCUAACAAAAAAGUUUACUCUGUAAACGCCAUAUUCGAGACUUGGUAGAAAAAUGCAUCUGAACAGCGGAAGCAGAGGAAGCUGUGAGUGACAAGACUCCCAACAACGCAAAGUGUUGACACAAAGACACAGAUGCACGUGCAGAAAAACCCUAUUCUCUUGCCCGCGUCAUGCCUUCCAACUAACUGGCAGACUUUGGCCAUAGUUCUGGGUGACCACUAACACACGAGGAAGGGAGGGCUUCCCGUCUCCACACCCAACUACGGUUUUAGAAACAGUCAUCGCUCUGCCGCAAAGAGAAAAAGAGUGGGCCUUGGCAGAUACACUGACGACAACGAGAAAGACUGUUAUGCACAUUCACCU